AUGCCUUCCAAAUUCACCGAGAUCCUCGAACCGGGUUAUCAGACGACAUCCCCUCAAGAUGAUGUCCGGCUGGAAGAUAUCAUAGGCGCCGCCAACAUGUCUCGGAGUCGAGAAUCAUCCGAAGCCAGCUCAAGAAGCACCAGUUCGUCGAGUGGCGACAGCGAACCCGUUGAGGAGAAGCCCAGACGGAAACGGCUCUCUCGCCUCUUGUCAGGCGGCAAGAAGUGA